CCCAACUAAUUUUCCUAAAAUUAUUCCCCCAUAAAAUAACGUUAAAAGUGAGGAUCUUAUAGUUAGGAUAUUUUGUGAAAAUUCAAAUGAUUACUCUGAUAUACCUCAAAGGUCAAAAUGUAUGGCUUCAAACCUUCAACCCCUCCACAUUGCUAAAAACCCUUUCUCUCAUUAAACAAACAUUUCGCAACCCUCCAUUCCUUACCUUAAUUCCUUGUCAAAAACCAAAACAUAGUCCUUUCAAAUUCCAUUCUAGCUAUACAACGUUAAUGUCUUUCAACAUCAACAAGAAAAAGUUCUUGAGAACACUCUUUUCAUCUAACAAAAGUUGUGGUUGCCUCAAAAUAAAACCCUCUAAUGUCCUUGAACCAUCCCUUAAACCUAAAAUCUCAAUUUACCAAAACGAAAAUAAAAACCCUAGCAGUGCCACUUCCUCCGCCACCGACGAUGAUAAAGUUUUGGCUUCGAGUCCCGUAUGUGAAGCCAACACUAUUCAUCACAACAACAAUACUAUUUUAAAAUCAGGUACGAAACUCAUCGAUAGCAUUGCAGUUGAGAAGGAAUCCAAGGAUCCAUACGAAGAUUUCCGAAACUCCAUACUUCAAAUGAUAUUAGAAAGAAUGAUCUACGCAGAAAGAGAACUUGAAGAGCUUCUUGAAUGUUUUCUUCAGCUUAAUGCAAAGUGUCACCACCAAGUUAUUGUUGAAGCGUUCAUGGAGAUAUGUGAAGAAAUAUUCCCUAAGAAGCUUCAAGGUGAAGGUGAAGGAGAAGAGUCUCCUAGGAAUAAUAAUCAAACUUUUGGAAAGAGUUAGGUGAGUGAAUGUUGCUAAUUCUAGGUUGGACAUUGAAGAACAUACACGUGUGAAGGGCAUGUGAAGGCAUUGAAGUCACACGUGGGAAGAUGAAUGUUGCAUGAGAAAUUUGCGGUUUCAAAUUGAUGUUGUUAUUUAGUUAGUUAUUCUCAUCUAUUAUUGUGGGGUAAGGGUUGGAAGGAGCUGAAGCACCAUUUAAAAUUUAUUGAGGAGAUGUAUAUUUUCUU